AUGGUCGGUCUCAAUAAGAAUGCACCGCCGCUGUUGCGACAAGUUAACGGGAAACCGCAUGCUACUGCAGAGGACCAUGAACAGGACGACAAGCGCGCACCAGACUCGAGCGAUGAUGAGAGCGACAGCGACAACGACACAUCAGGCCUCGGCCGUCUGCCUACAAGGAAACCCACCCGUCUGCCCACUUCCUUCCAAGCUUCUACAGUACAGCCCAAACCUGAACCUCCUAAGAAGAAGGCCGGCUUCCGAACUCGAACAGCCCCCGAACCUUCAUCAUCUCAAGUAGAAGCUCCAUCAGUAGCCUCCGCUCCCACCUUCCGACAUCCCGCGCAUGCUGCUGCAGACAGCACCGACAUCUCUGGCCAAUCUCAGCCGAUAACCCUUGAAUCAUCACAACUCUCACCUCCACCCGAAUCUCCCAUCAGCAGUAUAUGCGAUUUCGAACUUGAAGAGUCUGAUAAGAGCCCUCGUUGUCCCCUCUGCAGCGAGAAGAUCGAUCAAGAAUUCUGGGACAAGUUCCAAGAAGAAAUAUGCCAUAGACGUAUGAACCUACGCCUUCAAGAAAGGUUCUGUCAGGCACACAAAGCUCGUUCUGCAGACGAUGUCUGGCAAGGCAGGGGAUAUCCCAGGAUUGACUGGUCUUCUCUACAAUCUCGACUUCGCGCGCAUCAUGCCCACAUCCAUGCCAUUCUCGAUGGAAACUACGAGAGUCCCUAUUACAAGCAGCAUGCGAAAUUGGUCUCACAGAGCAAAGGUCGCUCUGCCGGAUCAGCUGCAUCGUCAGGACGUUUCACUGGUUUACGCGCCGGUUACUACGGGACAAAAGGCGAAAAGAUCAUGUAUAACAUUGUUCAGACAUUCUCAGACAAACUUCGCUCUCUGUCCAAGACAGAGCCACUCAUGGCCUCUAGUGGUGCAUCUGGUGGCGUGUCAGGCUACGUACAUGCCAUUUUGGUACCGGAGAUGGCUCUUGGAUUGAUAAUGGAUGACAUGCAUUGCGACAGAGAAAAAGCCAGAGUCAUCCUAGCGGACAGUGCAGACAUAGGUGAAAUGUUCAACGCAGAAGAGGACGAAAAGGUCCAGCGUGUCGAGGUCGACCUGCUAGAUGCAAGCGGCAUCAAUGACGACGACGAUGACGACAACGAGGUCGUCUACACGCAGAAGCCUCGAAAAGGGUUCCGUUUGGUUUAG